AUGGAAAUGGGUGAAACCAUCUUGGGUCUGAGGGAGAGCCUGACGUGGGCCACAUCCUGCCUGAAGGGAGAGGACUCCUCUGUGGCCGUGUCCUCCGGGGGAGAGCUGUUCCUGCGCUUCAUAAGCCUCACAUCCCUGGAGCAUCAGGCGUUUCUGUCUCCAAACUUGUCUCGCUGUAAGGUGAUGGAGGAAAGAGGAGAACUGUUUCUAGAGAAGAUCUCCAUGUCCAGGAACAAAGUCGCUAAGCUCUGUCACACCUUCAUCAAAGACGGAGCUAAAAUCCUGACUCACUCGUACUCCAGAGUGGUCCUGCGGGUUCUGGAGAAAGCUGCAGCGGAGAAGAAGCGCUUCUCCGUCUAUGUGACCGAAUCGCAGCCUGACGCCACAGGGCGGCAGAUGGCAGAGGCCCUGAAGAAACUCAACGUUCCAGUAACAGUAGUGCUGGAUGCAGCUGUAGGGUACGUGUUGGAGAAGGUGGACCUGGUCAUCGUUGGAGCAGAGGGAGUCGUUGAGAGCGGAGGGAUCAUCAACAAGAUUGGCACCUAUCAGAUGGCUCUGUGCUCCAAGGCUCACAACAAGCCCUUCUACGUCGUUGCAGAAAGUUUUAAAUUUGUUCGUCUGUAUCCGCUGAACCAACAGGACGUGCCCGAUAAGUUUAAGUACAAAGCCGACACCCUGAAGAGCAUCCGGAACCUGUCGGAGGAGCACCCGGUCAUCGACUACACGCCCCCCUCCCUCAUCACCCUGCUCUUCACAGACCUGGGGGUCCUCACCCCGUCGGCCGUCAGCGACGAACUCAUCAAACUG